AUGGGUCCCAGUGCACCGAGAGUGACAGACAUACCCCUUUGCGCUGAUUCCAAAGUACUUAGGGGCUCGGCUUGUGAGGGUUGUAAAGUACGAAAGGUGCGUUGCGGAGCAGAAAAGCCAUCUUGCUUGACCUGCAUGAGACACGGAAAGAAAUGCCAAUAUCCACCGCCCAAGACUGGACAUAGGAUUGAAUCGUCUAUUGAAGAGACGCCAAUCACCCGUCCAGAUUCAGGAAAUGAAGACCAAGCGCGGGUACAUGAUCAGCAUGCGUCUUCGCCUUCUACCCAUUCGCAGACCGUCUCGGUCCAUCCCACGCUCCACAUACCUACCAUCCAGUCCUUUCAACCAUCCGUUGGUACGGAAGGAGAUCAACCGCUGCCGGAGUUAGACCUUUCGUGGCUGCUAGAUACCCCAAUCUCAACAAGUGUAAGCGGUGAAGGGCAGGAACCACCACCGUUUGACGCGGCGGCCAAGGACCACUGUCUGUGGCUAUACUUUACCAAUCAAACCGCAUCGGGAUUGGAGAUGAAUAUUGCUCGAUUUUACGAAAGACUCGCAUCCCCUGAUCCUGGCCAAAAGCCUCAUCCGGCUCUUUUGAAUGCUAUGGUAAAAUCAGAAACAGGGAUUAACUCGGCCCUGAAAGACCUGUCUACGCUAGGUGCGUUUAUGUUAGAUUUGAUGCGUGCUUGCAUUCUCCUGGCAGAAUGGCUGUGGGGUCAAGGUAGAGAAGCCGAGGCAAUAGUUAUGAGCAGUACUGCCUGUCGCUUUGCUGCAGGCGCUUGUUUGGAUCAGAUCCCAUCUUCAACUUUGCAUCCUUGCAAAAGAGUCUAUCUGAGGCGCCAAAGAAGACCGAUGGCCGGUUGGCCAAAAGAUAUAGUAGAAUUAGCGGAUUCUAUCUACGCCUUCUGGUCUGUAGUAUUGCUCGAUCUUUGCGCCUCGAUCGCUACAGGCUUGCCAGCACAAUUUGAUCCGCGUUCUAUUCGAACCCCAUUACCGAAGCCAUGGAGCACAUAUGGAGAACCAUUUCCUCAACCUGAUAGGUAUAUAUCCGAUCUCUUCAGCACGUCCAGCUCUUCGUCUGCAACCCAGUCUGACUUUUUACAGCUGUACGAAUCUCCAGAAAAGCGUUUCAGUAAUCGAGAAGGCAUACACACUUCGAUCGAUGAAGCAUCGUCUUAUUCAUCAGAAAUAUUAGCCUCGACGGUGUCCGCUUGUCCCCCAAUUUUCCUAUUGUCCGAGGCGAUCGAACGUUUCGCUUCGCGAAUACCUCCCCAUCUCAAAACAAUGCACACCGUCGUGGAAGGUGUCAAAAUGGUAUCCUCACCUGCGAUGACUCUGCAUUUCAUCCUCUGUGCAGCGCGGAUGUUUGCGGCUGAUUUAAAUAGCUAUGAUGUCCCAAACGAUGCAGCUAUCAAUCAAGUUCGUCGAAUGGUGGAUUCGAUGAGACUGAUGGCUCCUAUGGAUCUCGCAAAUAUGAGUCUCUCGAUCUAUACCAUCUGGGUUCUAGCAGCGCAGAUCCUCAUGCGAGAGGUAAAGCGAUUAAACAGACAAGGCGAAUUCAUUGCUGUUGCUGCCCUCGAUUCCGAUAUCGAUCUUAUCAUUCAAACAUUGACAGUAGUGGCGAUGCACUCUCCUUUGGUGCAAGGCGAAAUUGGCGGUCUUGCCCAGCUUAGAGCGGCUCCGCCUAGUGAUGUCGAUCCUGAUGAAGACGUCAUGCGCUCUGAGAGUCAUGAGAAUCCAACUUUACAGCCGGAUUUGAACAGCCUAUCUUCCGCUUAG